AUGGUCGCUUACUCCAAGAGCUCACUACCUAGCCUCCUCCUCACCGCCCGCUUAUCCAUCACCUCUUUCCUCAAUAUUUCCCAGACCUCCAGCGCCCGCGAGGUGCACGCCGAACUCGCGGUCCUCCAGGACCUACUCCGCAGUAUCUCAGAUAUAAAAGACGACCUGCAGCUGCCCCCAAGUACAAGUAAUGCAGCUCGCGCUACGGGGCAUACAGAGCUAGAAAGCCAUCUCCGCACGCUCACAACGCUCCUGUCAGCCACGUCACCGGCUCUGUGGUCGAAACGCCAGUGGGCCGAGACACUGGCUGGGGUGAAGACCGUCAGGGAGCAGAUAGCCGCUUACCAUGCACAGACGACCCGCCGAGCAGCCAACACCCCCGCACCCACAAGGCCAGACGCAGAGGCUAUCCGCACCUGGCUCACCCACACCCCCGACAGCGCCCACCGUCACGCCGAGCUCUGCUUCCAGCGUCACACGGGCAGCUGCUCCUGGUUACUGUCUUCGCCGCAGUGUGCCCGCUGGCUGCGCGGUGAUGUGCCGUGGCUGCUGUGUACAGGCGAGCCGGGCACGGGAAAGACAUUCUUAACCUCAUACCUUAUCGACCACCUCUCCACGCUCGGGAAACAGGGUGUCGCGGUCUUCUACUUCAAUCGCAUGGACACGCUGCGACAGGACCCGUGCUGUGUUUUCCGCUCCAUCCUGUUACAGCUCUUGACAUUGGCGGCCGCCAUUCCACCAUUCACCGCCGAGCUGUACAAUACGCACUCCAUCCCUACACUCUCAGAGCUCCGGACCGCGAUUGGUGAGUGUGCGGGUCAGUUUGAGUGCUCGUGGAUACUCCUCGAUGGCCUCGAGGAGUGUGCGGAGGUGCACCGCGCCGACAUCCUCUCAACGCUAUGGGCGCUCAGGUUCCGUCGAAUGCGCGUGUUCGUCACGAGUGCUCCGGGGGUAGUGGACCUGUGGAGGAAUGAGAGCUCCGAGAUUUUAGAUCUGGAAGGGCUGGUAGAGGCUAGCAGGGAGGAGACGGUGAAGGGUGUGAAAGCAGUGGUGAGAAAAAAGAUGGGUGUGGCCCGGUGGCGGCGGGCGGUGGAGGGGGGCGCGAAGGAGGUCGAGGAAGUGAUGGGAAGGAUAGUGGAGAGUGCAGGUGGUGUGUUCCUGCUCGCGGUGCGCCUGACGGAGUAUGUCCGGUCCGCCACCACCGAGGACGAACUCCAAGCCCGCUCCAACGAGCUCCCCGGAAGCGUGACGGACUACUACGCAGCCACCAUGAAGACCCUACGAGACUCUGGCCCUCUCGGAAUCUCCGUGCUCGAGCAGAUCAUUGCCUCCCCCCGCCCCCUUACCCUCCCCGAGCUCAAUUACCUCGUCGGCGUCGCCGCCGGUGGCGAGGGCUUGAUGGACCACCCAUACACGCCGUCCUACGUCUCCGUGAUCACCAAAGGCCUCAUCACCGCCGCCGAGCCCACGGGUAUCUGUCGCCCGGUGCACCCAAGCCUGCUGUGCUUCCUGGAGACAGCGGAGCCCGACCUGUGGGUGCACGCGAGAAAGAAGGCCCUGGGCACAUAUUUCCGCCUGUUUGCGGCACGCCCCGGGGGUGGUGGUGAGGUGGCGAAGGGCCUGUACCAGUGCGCGGUCCUUAACUGGGCGGUGUAUCUGCAGAUGCACCAUGACGAUAGGUCGUUGCAGAUGGUGGUGAUGGACGCAUUCAGGAGUGCCCCAGAGGCCCUCGGUGAGGCACUGCGGGCGGCCAUGCGAGGAAGCUCGGCGCUGCCGGUGGUGCGGACCGGGCGGGCGGGGGUGCUGCACGCGUGUGCGUAUUGGGGACUGACAGCGCUGGCUGAGCGGGUGCUCGAUGAGGGCGGCGGGCCGGUGGCCGUCGACGGCGAGGACGGCGUGGACGGCGUGGACGGGUAUGGCCGCACACCGCUCUCGUGGGCUGCGGAGCGCGGGUCGACGGAUGUGCUGAGGGCGCUGGUGGGCGCGGGUGCGGCGCUGGACGUAGCGUGCGGCGAUUAUGCGCAGCCGCCACUUUGCUUUGCGGCCAUGGGCGGACACAGGGCGGCGGUGGAGGCGCUACUGUCGGCCGGGGCAGACCCGAACCAGAGCUCCGAUAACGGGCAGACGGCCAUCUCCUGGGCGGCCGAGCACGGGCACCAAGAUACUGUCAGCCUUCUGAUGGGGACACAGCUCGGAAUAGACGUGAAUGCGCGUGAUAAUGCGGGGAGGUCAGCGCUUGACUGGGCCGUCCACAACGCACAUGAGCCCGUUGUGCGCCUACUUGUCGCUCACAAAGACAUCGAGAUUGACAGUGACGCGGUGUGGCCACCACAGCCAGCGCCGACUCCGGUACCUCCCGCGAUCAUAGAGCUGCUCGGAAAAGCGAGGAGAGCGAGGGAGGGGGAGGUUUGUGACGCUGCCACGCUCGUGGAGACAGUAAAGGAGGUCGAAGUGGUGAGUGUGGGCGGGGGCUGGGUUUGGGCAUUGCCGAGGCAGACGCAGGAAUGGGGCAUCAUUGUGGUGCUCUGGCUUGUCUCGUUGAUGGCGUUGGGGGGGCAGCAGGUUGUGCUCAUUUUUUGUGGGAGCGUAUUUAUUCUGCUUGGGGCUGUUUGGUUAUGGCGGAAAAUAUUACUUGGACUGGGUACAUAA